CUUUAGCAGAUAAAGCGUUGAGCAGCUGCAGAGAGGCUGUGCAGUCAGGCUACAGCACCGCCCGCCUGACGGAUAAAAAAAUAAAGCUGAGUAAGAUCGUGCUGGCUGGACUCUGUGCUUCAUUGGACUGCUCUCUGUGUUUUUGUGGGCGUUUCUACCUCCGACUGCAGAAUGUGGGGCAUUUGCAGCAGAUCUGUGGUGGGGAUGAUGAAGCCCUGUGGUUUUGUGAAGACCAGUUUCUUGGUCAAACCGGUAUCAGCCACUCGAGUCGCUGGCCGAUACUUCACCCACCAGAAGGGGCUGCCAUGCCUGCCUGUCCCCCCUCUGCAGCAGACCUGUGAGCGAUACCUUGCCGCCCUAGAGCCCAUUGUGGAGGCAGACGAGCUGAAGCACACCAAAGGGCUGCUGGAGGAGUUUCAGCGAGCCGGAGGGCUUGGAGAGAGGCUGCAGAGGGGUCUGGAGAAGAGGGCAUCCAAAACUGAGAACUGGCUGUCACAGUGGUGGGUUCAGGUCGCUUACCUCGACUAUCGUUUGCCUGUGGUCGUCCAUUCAAGUCCUGGGUUGGUUUUGCCUCGCAUGAACUUCAGUGAUAAGAACGGACAAAUAAGGUUUGCAGCUAAACUGAUAGCAGGCGUUUUGGACUUUAAGACAAUGAUCGAUAAUGAAACUCUUCCGGUCGAGUACCUGGGAGGGAAGCCUCUCUGCAUGAAUCAGUACUACGAGGUGCUGUCAUCAUGCCGGAUCCCUGGUCUGAAGAGAGACUCGGUGGUGAACCACGCCAAGAGCUCACGACCCCCCAAACACAUCACCGUAGUGCACAACUUCCAGUUCUUUGUGCUGGACGUGUACAACAGCGACGGAACUCCGCUGACUGCAGAUCAGCUCUGCGUCCAGCUGGAGAGGAUCUGCAGUGCCUCAACAAACUCCAACUCGGAGCCUGUCGGCAUCCUCACCACGCAGCAUCGAGACUCGUGGGGCAAAGCCUACCUCAACCUCAUCAAAGAUAAAACCAACAAAGAGUCGGUGCUGGCUAUCCAGAGGAGCAUCUUCACACUGUGUCUGGAUGGAGCGAUGCCUCGGGUGUCUAAUGAGCUUUACCGUAGCUGUGCCGCCAUCCAGAUGCUGCACGGAGGAGGCAGCCAGUGGAACAGUGGCAACCGCUGGUUCGACAAGACGCUGCAGUUCAUUGUUGGAGAGGAUGGGGCGUGUGGAGCAAACUACGAGCACGCUCCGGCUGAAGGUCCCCCCAUCGUAGCCCUGAUCGACCACGUUGUAGAGUACACGAGGAAGCCUGAGAUAGUGCGGUCUCCCAUGGUGCCUUUACCCAUGCCGCGGAAAUUAGACUUCCACAUCACGCCGGAUAUCAAGAAAGACAUCGAGGAGGCCAAGAACAGCAUGAACACACUAGCCCAGGACCUGGACAUGAGGGUGAUGGUUUUCGGACACUUUGGAAAAAACUUCCCAAAAGCCCACAAGAUGAGUCCCGAUGCCUUCAUCCAGAUAGCGCUGCAGCUGGCCUACUACAGGAUGUACCAGCAGUGCUGUGCCACAUAUGAAAGCGCCUCCCUGCGGAUGUUCAGACUUGGUCGUACAGAUACGAUACGAUCAGCUUCACGUGCCUCAGCCGCCUUCGUCAGAGCCUUUGACGAUCCCAGCAAACAGAACUCUGAGAAAGUGGAUCUCAUGGAGAAGGCUGUAAAGGCUCACAGGUCAUACACUAACACGGCAAUCAGUGGUCAGGCCAUCGACAGACACCUGCUGGGUCUGAAGAUGCAGGCCAUCGAAGAGAACCUCUCCGUCCCUGACGUCUUGAAAGACGCCGCCUACACUAAAGCCUUACACUACCGACUGUCUACCAGUCAGGUCCCAUCCCAGACCGACUGCGUCAUGUGCUUUGGCCCUGUUGUGCCCAACGGGUACGGUGUGUGCUACAACCCCAUGAACAACCACAUCAACUUUGCCGUGUCGGCUUUCAAUAGCUGCAAAGAAACAGCCGCAGCACAGCUGGCUCAGGCCGUGGUGGACGCACUGCUGGACAUGAGGACACUGCUGGAGCAAGCGCCGAGAGCCAAACUGUGAGGCUCCAACAGAACGUUUCCGGAGACGAAACAAAUGCUGCAGUGAGACAGCCGAUUUGUUUGAUUUAUCAUGCACUUUAAAUGAGACUGAAUCAGUGAGAGCUGCUGUCCUCCACAUUUCAAAUGAUGUUAUGAUGUUACUAAAAAAAAUAAAUAAAAUAAAAAAAUCACAGAAUGAAUGAAGCACAUGUUUGCAGCAUGAAAAUUUAACUGUUUGAUGGUUUUGACUGGAUAUUUCACCAUCACAUGAUCACCUGAUCAGACAGAAAACCAACAAGUGUGUGAUUGGUUUAAUCAGAAAAUGAAAACUCUUUAAAAAAAAAAAAAAAAAAAAAAAGAGAGAUUCAAACUUGAUCACACAGAUUAUUUUCUGAACUUUUUAAAACAAUCAUUAAUGAAGACUGCUCGUUGUCUGAUAAGAAUAUUUAUCUGUACCUAGCAGUCUGGUUUGUACUUGUGUGCCUUAGACUUCCAUCAUUGUGUAAAGCACAAAGCUGCACAGGGUGAAAAUGUUUUUAUUACUUUUAUUAGUCUUGAACUUGUAAAAAUAGGAGAAAGUUUUAGAAAAUAACAUGUUUGGACUACUUCAUAGUUUAAAACAUAACCACAGAGGGUUAGAUCAAGCCCACCAGAGGCCACAUUGUCGGAAAUCAGUAACAGCUGCAAGCCAUUUUGCAACCCUGCUCUGCUCUGCCUUCUCUUCUUGAUGACUUUACCUGCACUGUGUGAACUUGUCUUUUGACUAGAGUUGAAAAGUUCACCAAAAUCAUAGAUCGCGAAUGGCCUUAACUGGGUUUAAGGCCAUAUGUUAUCGUAAUGUUGCUUUGUUCUGCAGCACUUAAAGAUUUGGCUUUAAGAUUACACUAAAACAUGUUUACUGGAGUCUAAAUGAGGUUGUGUGUUCACAUUUGACUAACAGAAUUUUGUUUUGUUGGUUUAAACGAUGGGAACGAUGUAAUUAUUGUGAAUGUAAAAAAUACAAAGUUAAAUG